CUCGUUUGCGAUUGGACAGCUAGGCUAGAGCAAUCAUCUGUAGUCCAACUCACCGCAAAAUUCCUGGAUUGAAAUCAACGCUGAAAUUAAAGAAAACUUUCUUUGCACAAUAGUCGCCGCUCCAUCAGUAUAUAAGGUAUCAGUGUUGAGAAGACGGGGUCGAAAAAGUAGACAUUCAUUGUGGUUUAGUUGGAGUUGGAUUAGAGAACUCGCCGCUGUAUCAAACCUAGGCAUAGUCAAAUUAUAUCUAGCAUUUACACACAGCAAAAAUGUAUCGGUUAAUUUUAAUUACAAGUUUGCUUGCUUUGCUGUCGAAGCCAACGUAUGCCCUAAAAAAUGGAGACUGUGAAGUAUGCGUAAAGACAGUCGAACAUUUUGCCGCUUCGUUGGAUGAAACAACCAAAACCGAUACAAAGAAAAUUGAGGACGAAUUUAAAAAGUUCUGCAAAACAGCCAAGAACAAAGAGCAAAGGUUCUGCUACUACCUCGGGGGCUCGGAAGAAUCCGCUACAGGAAUACUUAACGAACUCUCCAAACCGCUGAGCUGGUCAAUGCCCGCUGAUAAAAUUUGCGAGAAGCUCAAGAAGAAAGAUGCCCAAAUCUGCGAUCUGCGGUUCGACAAAGAAAUCGAUCUCAACGCCGUAGACCUGAAAAAGCUAAAGGUAAAGGACCUGAAGAAAAUCCUUUCCGACUGGAACGAGGACUGCGAGGGUUGCUUAGAAAAAACCGAUUACAUUAAGAGAAUCGAAGCUCUUAAACAUAAGUAUGUGAAAUCCGAGUUGUAAUAAUGAUCUUGCUAGUAGAUUUGCUGGCUUAACCCAACGUGUCUAGGUUUUUAUCAAAAAAUACACUAAGAUCUAGGGUAGUUCAGAAUGGAGGAUUGUUUUGUUUUGUGAAAGAAACGAAGUUUUCACUAGUUCUAGCUUUAUAUAAGUAGAGUAAAAAACUUCUACGUAGUCUUUCGCGAAUUCUCUCAUAUGUCAUCCUUGAAAUUCAAUGAAUAAAGUUACAAAUAUGUG